AUGUGCCAGGAGACGGUCUGGAACUGCCUCGACUGCGGAGCUGAGCGCACCGUCGCGUGGCACCACUGCUACCUUUUUUGGUCUGACUAUGCCAACAUGUUGGAUGAAUCAACCAUGGGCGUCAAGCCCGACCCAACCUUCUGCCCCUUGCGCGAGCGCCAAAUGCGCCCCUUCAAUCUGGGAGCAUGCCCCAACCUGGACCACUGCCCUUCCAAGCCGCGCCACGAGGAGCGUCAAGCUCGGGAGCGCCUCCAUGCGGCAGCUGCCGACGCGCGUCGCCAGGAGCAGGAAGAGAGGCGGAUGCAGGCCAUGGAUGACUUUGCGCGCGAGUAUUUUGUGAAAAUCCCCAUCCCGGGGGCGCCUGCCUGUCCCGAGGAGAUGAAUGUCACCCCUCCUGUGGAGGAGCUGGAUGUGACGACGAAGACCAGCCAGGAGCACCAGGAGGAGGCGGAGAAAGAAGCUUCGCCCACGGCUUCACCCAGGCCGCUCCUUCGCAGAAAAGGACGCGUCGAGAAUCUGUCUAGGCAAUUUGCUGCCGGUGAGCAGCGAGACGACGAGGCAACUCUCGACACGUCGCUCCUCUCUAUGCUCAACGCCCCCAUGCUAUCCGAGUCUGAAAUUCUUGAGAUCGAGGAACAGAAGAGGCAGGCGAGCUGGGCUCGCUACAUCGCGGCUCGCCGUAUCUCCUCCGGCUCUUCAACCUCCUCCAAGUACUAUAGCUGCCCUUGCUCCCCUAUCGAGGAGGUAGACGAGGAGGUAGCGGAGGAGAAGGAUGAGGCCAAAGGCGCGGGCCCGCUGGCGGAGAAGCUGUCACCCCUAUUUCCCAACGGCUUCCCGACUCGAGACUGGGGCAAGGGUCCACUCCUCGCAACUGUCGUCCAUACCCCCUCUUACAUCUUGCCUGGUGACGAAAACCUCGAAUUACUUUGCUCGGUUUCCAGUGCUGGGACGGUCAUCCACACCGCCUCCUACAGUCCGACCGGCGACGAGAACAUUGAGUCAUUUUCGGCGCCGUCGAGUGCUGGGACGGUCAUCCACACCACUUCCUACAGUCCGACCGGCGACGAGAACAUUGAUUCGUUUUCGGCACCGUCGAGUGCUGCCACAGUUAUCUGCAACAAGCCAUGCAGCCAGGGUAAAGACAAGAAUGUCAGCCCUACUGGCGCCCCCUCCAUUGCUUCCAUGGUUGUUCGCGGACGACCCUACGAUUUGACUCAGGGGCGAAAUCUGAGUCUUGCCCUCAGCCCCCCGCCUGUUCGACCACAUGGCAACAGGCCUCGCCUAGUCGAGGAAGAGCCGCAAUGCUUCCGCCAUUCGGGCUCAUUUGUCCCUGCUCCCCGGACCUACUACGAUGUCGAUGAAGACGAGACAGGUUCCGUCGAAGAUGAGGCAGGCUCCGUCACCUUGAACACCAUCGCCGCGGCUGAGCGUGGCGCCACCAUAUCCCAGCGCGUCGUCAUAGCCAGGCCGGGCUCUAUACUCUCACAUCCCGCCGUCACUGCGGCGUGGAACCGCCUUCGAAACCCGGAGCCGCUGCAGAGGUUCCGACCACAGCUCCCGUCCCCCAUCCCCAUUCCCGUCCCGGGCCGUGGCUACCCCCGGGCCCCAGAGAUAGCGAGACGCUGGUUCUCUUGA